AUGCAGUACACGUCGACCAAUAGCAUCGUGCCACCUGUCUUCUCCAGCACUGGACCCAUGAAAUCUGCAAGCUGGGAGCCGAGCAGGGGAGAGGAAAGGGAGGAGGUGAGAGAAAUGGGAGCAGGGAUAGGAAUGGGAGAGCAGGGGAGAGAGGAUUGGGAGCAGGGGAGACGAGACGAGGAGGAGGAGGAGGAGGAGGAGGAGGAGGAGGAGGAGGAGGAGGAGGAGGAGGAGGAGGAGGAGGAGGAGGAGGAGGAGGAGGAGGAGGAGGAGGAGGAGCAAGAGAGGGAAGGGAAAAACCACCCACCUCUCUCUGGACAGACCCUGCUGACUCUCUGGUGA